CCGGCAGCACAAAAUCACUCACACCAGGCCAGUGAAAAACCCUAGCCGUCUCUGCUAACAAAUAAAACUACACAAACUCAUCACACUUCUUCUUCAGCCGCGCCUCCCAAGAGCAAAACCUCUUCAGCAAAACCCUUCGAAAAGAAAUGGGGAUUGAUUUGGUCGCCGGUGGCAAAAGCAAGAGAACCAAGCGACUUGCUCCGAAAUCCGAUGAUAUCUAUCUGAAACUCAUUGUCAAGCUUUACAGGUUUCUCGUAAGGAGAACUGGAAGCAAAUUCAAUGCGGUGAUAUUGAAGCGUUUGUUCAUGAGCAAGACCAACAAGGCUCCGUUAUCGCUCUCUAGGCUGAUCAGGUUCAUGAAAGGAAAGGAAGGAAAGAUUGCAGUGAUUGUGGGCACUGUAACAGAUGAUAUCAGGGUUCAUGAGGUGCCAGCUCUGAAGGUGACCGCUUUGAGGUUCACAGAGACUGCAAGGGCCAGGAUUGAGAAGGCUGGCGGAGAAUGUUUGACAUUUGAUCAGCUGGCUCUUAGGGCUCCUCUGGGUCAGAACACGGUUCUUCUUAGAGGUCCAAAGAAUGCUCGUGAGGCAGUGAAACAUUUUGGUAGAGCUCCAGGUGUCCCACACAGCCACACUAAACCUUAUGUGCGAUCAAAGGGAAGAAAGUUUGAGAGAGCUAGGGGUAGAAGAAACAGCAGAGGAUUCAAGGUUUAAAGUGGUUAAUUCCAUCUGUACCCCAGAGGAAAAUUUACAAGCGUUGUUUCUCCCUCAUUUGUUUUGUAGUUCAGCGUUUGAACUCUGAGUAGACUUGUUUUUGUUUUACCUUUUGUUAUUCACUUCUAUCUUUUCAAUUGGUAUGAGAAAAUGAUAUAACUUAUAUAAGUACUUAUUUUCGAAGAUGAUGUUUCUUUGGA